AUGAUGCAGGAGUUCAACCAGUCGGGCGAUGAACAAAAGGUUUUACCAACGGCCGUUUUUCUCAUUGGUUAUGUGAUAGGACCCAUGGUAUUCAGUCCAUUGAGCGAAACCAUUGGCCGUAGACCUGUUCUCUUGUGGUCUUUCACCGUUUUUGUGCUCGCUACUCUUGGCUGUGCUCUUGCGCCCAACUGGGCUUCUCUCCUCAUAUUUCGAUUAAUAUGCGGUCUCAUGGGGGCCGCCCCUCAGACUGUCAUUGGUGGUGUAUACGCAGAUCUGUUCUUCGACAUAAGAACUCGAGGUCGCGCAAUGGUGAUGUACAUGUCGGCUGCAAGUCUAGGUCCAAUUCUGGGUCCAAUUAUAUCAGGAUGCUCAGUCAAGUAUGGCUGGCGGUGGACUUUCAGAAUUGAUUUGAUCCUGAUUGGCACCACAUGGCUGGCCCUUUUUUUCUUGUCCGAAACCUUUGGUCCAGUUUUACUGAAACGACAAGCUGCUAAACUUCGGAAGCAAUCUGGUACAAACCGGUACAUCUCCCGUGCAGAGUUGAAAUCAGAUGCAACAUUCAGCACCUCACAAAUCAUCACUCGUCCCAUCACGAUGCUUCUUUUCGAGCCAAUUAUCACAUCAACGGCCGUCUACAUCUCUCUUGCUUAUAGCUUGGUCUUCUUCUACUUCCAGGCCUAUCCCAUCAUCUUCAAAGGUGUGUAUGGCUUCACCAUUGAGCAAACCGCUCUCACCUAUAUUCCUGUGGGUAUUGGUGCUGCAGGUUCUGGCCUUGUCACAUUCUACUACGACACGAUUUAUGAGAAAGCCAAAAAGCAGGGGAAAGCUUGGACAGCCAGCCCUGAGCUCCACCGACUUCCCUUGUCCUGCAUUGCUGGGCCAUGUUUGACGAUCAGCUUAUUCUGGCUGGCGUGGAGCGCAAGAUCAAGCCUCCACUGGACGGCUCCAGUGAUUUCGGGCCUCGUCUUCGGAUUCGGAUACCAAAUCAUCUUCACUUCUCUUCUCACAUAUGUGACUGAUGCAUACAAAAUCUACUCUGCCAGUGCGAUGGCCGCCUCGGUCAUUGUGCGAAGCAUUGCUGGAGCAUUGUUUCCCCUUGCUGCUGGGCCCCUUUAUGAUUCCCUUGGUGUGUCAUGGGGUACUUCGCUUCUUGGCUUCAUCAGCCUGGCCUGUAUUCCCAUUCCAUUUGCUUUGAUGUAUUGGGGUCCCUUGAUCCGAGAGAGAAGCUCAUUUUGUCAGCGAUUGCUUUUGGAGGAAAAGCUUCGUGCCAGUGGGUCCAGCACCCCGGCUGAAGCCUAA